CGGGCGCGGCUGCCGACUCCGCCGUCCCUACCCGCGGUCCCGGCUCGCCCCGCGGGUUCGCGGACCAGGGCGCCUUCCCCUGCUCUCAUCCGGGCUCUAUCUGCUCACGCUUGGACGUGAAGUCCGUCCGGCUCGGCGGGGAAAGUCGGGCCGCUUUCCUGCCUCGCUACCCUGCUAUGCGCGGGAUCCCGGCGUCGGUUCCUACCCGCAAUGAGCGUGCAUCGCCAGAAUCCGGAGGACGACCCCGCUGCCAGCCGCAGGGGGUUGGCCAGUUCUAGGGCUAACCUGGCAUGAGGCAGAAGGCUUUCUCCUCGGCGAAAUGAAAGGUGAAGCCAAGAAUAGCAUUACUGAUUCACAGAUGGACAGUGUCAAAGUUGUUUAUACAAUUGACAUUCAGAAAUACAUUCCAUGCUACCGGCUUUUUAGCUUUUAUAAUUCUUCAGGUGACGUAAACGAACCGGCACUGAAGAAAAUUCUUUCAAAUGUCAAAAAGACUGUGGUGGGUUGGUACAAGUUCCGUCGUCACUCGGAUCAGAUGAUGACAUUUAGAGAGCAGCUGCUCCACAGAAACUUACAGACGCAUCUUUCGAGCCCAGAGCUUGUUUUUCUGUUGCUAACACCAAGUAUGGCAACAGAGAGUUGCUCCACUCACUGCCUGGAACAUGCCUUGUAUAAGCCUCAAAGCGGGCUUUUUCACAGGGUGCCUUUGGUGGUUACCAAUCUGGGAAUGUCUGAUCAGCUCGGCUAUAAGACAGAGUCUGCUUCCUGCACGUCCGCUGUCUUCAGUAGAGCUGUGAAGAUACACAGUUCUCAAUUUUUUAAUGAAGAUGGAUCAUUAAAGGAAGUGCACAAGAUAAAUGAAAUGUAUGCUGCUAUACAAGAAGAAUUAAAGAGUAUAUGCAAAAAAGUUGAACAAAGUGAACGAGAAGUGGAGAAACUAUUGAUGGAUGUAAACCGAUUAAAAGAAGUUAGGAAAAAACAGCAAGCACAGGCUAAAGGAGCAGGAGAGAAGACUGUCCAGAAGAAUCCCCAGGAGAACAGUCUUCUUUGUCAAGCUUUACGAACGUUUUUUCCAGAAUCUGAAGUUCUUCAUUCUUGUGUUAUAUCUUUGAAAAAUAGACUUAUUUCUCACAGUGGGUGUAACGUUAACCACCAUCUGGAUGUAGUGGAUAAGCUGACCUUAAUGGUAGAGUACGUUUCCAGUCCUGAAGCUAGUCCAGUGCCCGCAGCCCAGCUCAGUAAACGGAAAGCUCUAGACACACAGGACCAGAGGCCGGGGAAGAAACCACGGAUGCCGGAGACGGAACGCAGACCUUCUGCAACAGCAUCCCGCAGCAGGCACCAAGACAAAGCUUCCUCAGGCAGCCCGGAGAUUGACAUAGAGAUGGGGAGCCUGGAAGACGACGCUGGCUAUCCUCGCUCUCCCACAUUUUGAUUCUUUUUAGAUGACAUUUUUACUAGACUGAGGUUUAGGGCACUUGUUUUAUUUUUACUCUUUGCCUCCUGGAGUAAUACAUAGAAAAGUUCAUGUUUUCACUCUGUUCAGCUGUUCAUAAUACAUGGAUAUUUUUACUGUUCAACUGCUUAUAAUAUGUAGGUAAGUUAAUAUUUUAUACAGUAUCUUAAACUUCUUAUUUAUAAAUAAGAAUGUUAUAAAUGCUAUGGAGAGAGAGAGACAGACAGACAGACAGACAGACAGAAAGUAGUUACAUAUCUAAACUUGUGGUGUGGAAAUUGUGAAUGGUAGGCAACUUCUCUACCACUGAGCUAUAGUCCAAAUGUGUUUGGUUGGUUGGUUGGUUUUGGGUUUUUUUGGUUUGGCUUGGGGUUUUUUUGUGGGUUGGGGAAUGCAUUGGACAGGGUCUCUGUGUAGCUCUGGCUAUUCUAAACCUCACAAAUAUCUACCUCCUUUGCCUCUCAUGCUGAGAUUAAAGGUGUGUACCAGCUAAAAUUUUAUUUCAAAACCACAAAACGUUCAGCUCCCUCCACCCCCUAACUGUUGAGGGAAGGACUUAAAUAGAUACAUUCUUUUCAACUAGAACACGCUUCAAGUUGGGAAAAGAGAAACUAGCCGUAUUCACAGCAUGGAAGGAAGCGCAGAUGUGCACAAACCUGGGCCCGGACUUGGGUCAGCGGGCACAGGCAUCUCCUAUCAAGACUGGUAACCUGAGUUUCUGAGAAUCUCACAGUGAAGGAAAGAACCAACUCCCUCAGGCUCUUCUGACUUCCACAUAUAUAUAGACUGUGGCAUAUACAUGAACCCCAUAUAUAAAUGGAGUAAAAAUGUUAAGUUGGUAAAAUCUUAUUUUUAUCUAAGUUUUAAAAUUCUUACUGAAGAGAGCCCAGCAGUUUAGAGUGCUUGAAGCGCUUCCAGAGGACUGGAGUUUGGCCCCAGCACUCACAUUAGGCAACUGUAACUAACCACAGCCUAAACCUCUAGCUCUGGGCAUCCAGUGCCCUCUUGUGCCUGCCAAAGCAUGCCCGCAUGUGCACACUCACACAUACAUGUGCAUGCCACACACAUAAAAGAACUCUGACUUAAAGUGACAACAGCACUUUAAGGUAGACUUACUGGUAUGUAUCUACAAGCACUUCUAUUCUACCAGUUCAGGCUAGAUGACUACUUGAGCUGAGGGAAUCUCAGAAACGGUCCUUGUAGAUGUAUUUGUCUUCUCACCUGUUUUAUGAGGUGUACACUUGGCACCUUCCUGUUUCAGUCAGUGGGUGCUAACACUGAGUGCACACUCUACCCUUGGUCUUCCACUUGUUGCUUCCUAGAGAAACUACAUAAGACACAGAUGGCAGUGACACUUUGGUCGGAGUGUUGCUAUGCACUGCUUAGGUGAGGUCUGAAGCCUGCCCAGGGGAGACUGCAUAUAUUGCUGGGGUGUUUCACUGGUGAUGUAAGUAAACUGGUACUGUGCAGGGCAGGAAAAGGCGGGCCCCAGCUGUCAGCUGAGCCUCCUCACAUCACAGGCCAUUGUGUGCUGUCCUUUCCUUAAGGACACUAUCUAAGGAUAGGCUGGUCCAGGGCUGGCCCAGUAUCAAUCCCAGUGCACAUCUCUGCAAAGAGAACCCUCACAAUCAGGUACAAUAAACAUUUACUAGUUAUUCUCUGGCAUGAGCCAAGUACACACAGUUGUUCUGUUUAAACCUGGGCUAAGUGGUGUACACAUGGAGUCCUAGCACUGACAAUGCAGGGUAAGAGGGUGCCUGGGGCUUGUUAAUCAGCUGGUCUAGCCUAAGUGUACUUUACAAUCAGUUGAGACACAUUGAGGAAGACACCUGAUAUCAACCUCUGGCCUUCAUAAACCCCUGUGCACAUGUGCACAACAAACAAAAAUCAAAAUGACUCCAAGCAAACUUAAUGCCACAGCCAUUCCCGUGGGAUUCAAACACGCUGGCUUUCUAGUACCAUUCACUUAAAACCAUCCCAUUGUAAGAACAAAAUCUGGGCUGGGUUGGAAUUCUAAUAGAAGCCCUCUCCUUCCAUACUCUGUACUAUAUAAGUUGUGACAACCAGGGGAACCACUGUUACCAAAAUGAACAACAUCACAUUACCAUCAAAAGCACUGUCUAGAGAAGACUCACUGGUGUGGAGAGGACUGAUCCACUGAAAGACAUUUCUACUCAAAUUAGUUGGAGUCUGUGCUGACAUAACCACUUACAGGUUUAUUGGCAGGAACUUCACAAAAUUUAUUCUCGGUAUCUAAUGUUACAAACUUUAGGGUCUUUGAGAUAUGCAGGAUCCUUGUAUGUAACCGGCAUAAACCCUGUAAAGAGAUAAUUAAAGUUCUUGAAAAAGACAAUGAGCAAAAUCUUAAAUUGAGUACAACUCAGUCGUGCAGAUGAACUUACCCAUUUUCUGAGCCCUUUUAAUGGCUUUAGUUAUUUCCCUCUGUUUCUUUCCACAAAGUCCUGUGAAAAUAGAAGAGGUGAUUUUACAUGCCAGAGAAUGUUAUUACUACAUUUACAAGUUUUCUUUUUCUUUUUUGUUUUAAGAUUUAUUUUAUAUAUGUGAGUACACUGUUUCUGUCUUCAGAAGCACACCAGAAGAGCGCAUCAUAUCCUAUUACAGAUGGUCGUGAGCCACCAUGUGGUUGCUGGGAAUUGAACUUAGGACCUCUGGUAGCGCAGUCACUGUUCUUAACCACUGAGCCAUCUCUCCGGCCCUACAACAGUUUUCUACGUUGAAGAUGCCAAGUUUUUUCUGUGAAGAGUCAGAAAAGUCCAUCUCACACACUUGACUCUGUUACUGCAACUGAGUAUCGAGUGACAACCAUGUGGCAAAAAACAAACAAAAAACCAAACAACAGUUUGGAUAUAGCUAUCAAGUAAUUUAAAAAUGGAUUUAGUUUUAUUAUUUUCAGUUGAGUGCAGAUGCUUGUAGAAGCCAAGUGUGCUGGGAAUGGAGUAUUCUCUAGUCCUCAGUAAGAUCAGUAUGCAUUUUAAAUCACUGGGCGACCUGUCUAGACCCAAGACACAGGUUUCCUGUUCUCCUUAAGCCUAGCUUUCUGUAUUUUGUCACCCUGUAGUUACUGUGAGUAACGGCAAUGGCCCCUUACACUGAAGACAGUUCUCUCUAAGGACCGCAUUCCAGGCCCUGUGGCAGUGGGUUUAAUAGUCACUUGGCAUGAUUUGAAAUAACAAGCAGUCAAUGUUAUUCUUAUCUAUACUUAAAUUUAUUUCUUUCUGUUUCUCGUUUUCGAGUCAGGGUUCCUCUUUGUAGCCCUAGCUGUUUUGGACUCAAUUUGUAGACCAGGCUCGUCUUGGAUUCAGAAAUUCCAGGGCCCUGUUUCCAGAAUGCUGGAAUUAAAGGCAUGCACCACCACACCCAGCUUACAAUUAAACUUCUAUGUUUUAAAAAAAGUACCUGUUAUGUGCCUUCCAUAAAUGCAUCCGGUAAAUGGAGAAAUAAACUGAGACAAAAGCUGUUUGGGGUUAUAUAGAGGAGGAAAAAUAAUAUUAGUAUAUUUGUUAUUCAACUAACUCUAAAUGAAUAAAUUUACAUUUUUUAAUAAA